UGUAGUAGCGUGCAAUACGAAAAAUAGCGGCUAUAUAAGCACUUAAAAACACACGUAUACGUAUAAAUUUUGUAUCUAUCUUUCUCUGCUCGAAUUUCCCGAUUGAUCUUCAUCGGGACUCUCGCCGAUCUCCAAUUCAGCCAUGAAUCAAGAGUAUGACUACCUGUUCAAGCUUUUGCUUAUCGGAGAUUCUGGCGUUGGGAAAUCAUGUCUCCUCUUGAGGUUUGCUGAUGAUUCAUAUUUGGAAAGUUAUAUAAGCACUAUCGGCGUUGACUUUAAAAUCCGCACCGUGGAGCAAGAUGGCAAAACUAUAAAACUUCAAAUUUGGGAUACUGCUGGACAAGAACGGUUUAGGACGAUUACUAGCAGCUACUAUCGUGGAGCACAUGGUAUCAUUGUUGUGUAUGAUGUGACAGAUCAAGAGAGCUUCAACAAUGUUAAGCAGUGGUUGAGUGAAAUCGACCGUUAUGCAAGUGAGAAUGUGAACAAGCUUUUAGUUGGAAACAAAUGUGAUCUUACAUCACAGAAGGUCGUGUCUACCGAAACAGCAAAGGCAUUUGCAGAUGAAAUUGGGAUUCCGUUCUUGGAAACGAGUGCUAAAAGUGCAACCAAUGUUGAACAGGCUUUCAUGGCCAUGACUGCUGACAUCAAGAAUAGGAUGGCUAGUCAACCAGGCAUGAAUAAUGCCAGGCCGCCGACUGUUCAGAUCCGGGGACAACCUGUUAAUCAAAAGUCUGGUUGCUGUUCAUCUUAAAUAGGGGUAUAGUUUGCUUAAAGCUUUAUGAUGCUUACAUGCAUUUGUGAGAUGUAAUAUCUCUUACUGAUGUUCUCAUUCAAAGAAGACUGUUGAACAUAAUUUUCAUUCAGUCACAUAUCCUUCUAUUAUAUUGUCUAGAGCCUCAAUUUUCUCGAUGUAUUUGAUUCGUUAUAAAGAUGUGUAAAGAAGUAGAAUAUUGGUGGUUAGCAAGCAAUGUUUCUGGUUUA